CCACCCGGGUUCACCCUUACAACAGAGGUGUGCACUCAUUUCUACAAAAAACGAUUGCAACUACCCCAAGGAGCUUACGCAGCAGGUGGAGGAGGCGUUGGCCUUGGUCCAACAGCGCACGGGCCGCGUGUUCGGCGACUCCACCAACCCUCUUCUGGUCUCAGUCCGCUCGGGUGCACGAGCAUCCAUGCCAGGCAUGAUGGACACAGUGCUUAACUUGGGCUUGAACGACAAGACUGUGGAAGCUUUGGCGAAGAAGUCUGGCGACCGUCGCUUUGCCUUUGACAGCUAUAGGCGUUUUGUGCAGAUGUACUCUGACGUCGUUCUGGGCAUUGAAAUCAACCACUUUGAGAAGCACCUGGAGCGUGCAAAGGAAAAGCGUGGCGUGAAGCAGGACUGCGAGCUGCUUCCAGAAGACUUAGAAAAAUUGGUAAAGUCAUACAAGGCCGUGGUGCAGUUGGAGCUUGGUGAGGAGUUCCCAGAAGAUCCAAAAGCACAGCUUUGGGGAGCCAUUGGUGCUGUUUUCAACUCCUGGAUGAAUCAGCGAGCCAAGACCUACAGGCAGCUGCAUGACAUCCCUGAGUGGUGGGGCACUGCUGUGAACGUACAGGCCAUGGUCUUUGGCAACAUGGGCAACGAUUGUGCUACAGGCGUGGCCUUCACUCGUGAUCCAUCCACUGGAACCAACGAAUUCUACGGCGAAUUCUUGGUCAACGCUCAAGGUGAGGAUGUCGUGGCUGGAAUCCGGACCCCGCAAGAGCUCACCAUCAAAGCCCGCAAGUCUCACGGUUCAGACUUGCCAUCCUUGGAAGAAGUGAUGCCCAAUAUCUUUAAAGAGUUGCUGUCUGUGCGAAGCCAGUUGGAGCAUCACUACAAGGAUAUGCAGGAUAUCGAGUUCACAAUUCAGCAGGGCAAACUUUACAUGUUGCAAACACGGAACGGAAAGCGCACCGCUCCUGCUGCGCUUCAGAUUGCAGUUGACAUGGCCAAGGAGGGCUUGAUCACCAAGUCGCAAGCCUUGAUGAGCUUGAAGCCUGACUUGAUUGACCAG